UUUCAUAAUCUUGUUGCAUGUUUAACUAAAUCAAUAUGGCCCGAAUGAACCGCCCAGCUCCUGUGGAAAUCACCUACAAGAACAUGAGAUUCCUAAUCACACACAAUCCAACCAAUGCAACCUUAAACAAAUUCAUAGAGGAACUUAAGAAAUAUGGCGUUACCACAGUGGUAAGAGUGUGUGAAGCUACUUAUGACACUGCUCCGGUGGAAAAAGAAGGCAUUCAGGUUUUGGAUUGGCCCUUUGAUGACGGUGCUCCACCAUCCAACCAGAUUGUUGAUGAUUGGCUAAACCUCCUUAAAGUUAAAUUUCGUGAAGAACCUGGUUGUUGUAUUGCUGUACACUGUGUUGCUGGUCUUGGAAGAGCUCCAGUCUUAGUUGCUCUUGCACUGAUAGAAUGUGGAAUGAAAUAUGAAGAUGCAGUGCAGUUCAUAAGACAGAAGCGGCGUGGAGCUUUUAACAGCAAGCAACUUCUGUACUUGGAGAAAUACCGCCCCAAGAUGCGCCUGCGUUUUAAAGACUCCAAUGGUCACCGAAAUAAUUGUUGUAUUCAGUAAAGCUCAACAGCCUAUAGUACUUCUUUGGGAUUAAAGGAUGGAAACUAGAAUUAAGCAGACUGCAUGCCAAAGACAUGAGUCUGAUAGUUUUUAGUAGCAAAGGAAGCUUCCUUAGGAGUAUUUAACAGGCUAAAGGCUUAGUAGAAAUGCAACUUGUAUGUUUAGAUAAAUAUCCAUCUGUUUGGAGACCCAGUAAAUGUUUUUGCUGUACUCUGUUUCUGAGCUGUCUCCUUGUUCAUCAAUUACCUGCUCAAAUAUCCUUUAAUCAUGCCAUUGAGUCUUACCCACGUAGUUUCAACUACUAAAAAUUGGGGUACUAAAAUCAAUCUGUAGAGAGAUUAGGUGCCAAAAUACCCAGCAUAUCAGCUACAUGUCUUUCCUUAUAAAUGAGCAUAGCUCUGAUGAUGUGAGAACUACCAGCUUAUCUGAACCUUACUAUCUUUUUUUCUACAGUCAUUUCAAUAUUGAAGAAUAUGGCCUCUGAGAUAGUCUUGCCUGCUCACUGUAUGUUUUGUCUCCCACAAUCGCACUAGAAUAUCAGGAUUUGCACAGUCUGUCUUUUUUAAUACUAUGAAUUACAGCAACUUUUUACCCCGGUGUCUGUACUUUUUCUGUUAUCUGAACUUCUCCAUUUUACAAAUCAUUACUCUCUGGUUACUCAUUUAGAAAAUCUUUUAAAUUGUACAGAAGCACACAAGUCUUUAAUGUCUCCAGACAAAAAGCCUUACAUUAAAAUUAAUGUUGGCACUUCAUGUGCAACUUUAAGAGGGCCUGAAAAGGUUGGGAGGGGCUAUUUAAUAUUUCUAGUAAAAUGUUGCCUUUGUCUUGUGCAGGAAGUAUAGAAUAUGCCCUUUACUUCAGUAAAUAUUUUUUUAAAAUGUAGAAAUGCUUUGUUAUUGUAGCUAAAAAUUCUUAAUCAGAAAAUUUCUGAAAAAUCUUGUAGUUUCUUUUACUGUACCUAUUGAAAGUUGUUUACCAACUAUUGCUUUGUUGACAGUGUGAUUUCUUUUUUUUGUUUUUUUCCUCCUUGAGUUUCUGCUAUGACUUGGGCAGACCUCUGUAAUAUUUUGUAUGCCUUUCAAGCUGCGUAACUUAAUAUUUGGAUACUUGAUAAUUUGUUUUAUUAUGUAAUUGAUAAAAUGGUGAUGUGUAUUAAUGUUAGUUCAACCAUAUAUUUAUACUGUCUUGGGAAUGUGUGGUUAUAGUUCUGUGGGAGAAAUAAUUUUGCCAGUGUUCACCAGCUUGUAAAAUCUAGUGCGAGAGCUUAAACAUCUAAAUAAAUACUGAAAUGCACUUACGAAGUUUGCUGAAACGCUCAUGACUUUCACUUAUUUUUGUGUACUUUGUCGGUAAUCUUGAGGUGCCUGAAUUCAGAAUCUAUCCAGGCAUCUGUUUUCUUUUUUUUGAAUUUGGGCCUGAAUGUCCCCUUUGCUGUAAUGUUUGCUGUUUGUUUUACUCAAAUAAAUGUGGACAAAAAUUAA